GCGUACGGCGCCCCAGCGGCCGGGGAGGUGCGCUGCCCGGCUCCCGUAAAGUUAUUGUGAAUGGGGAGCGGGUGACGUCAGUGCCGAAUGUCAACAAUGUAGCGAUUGAGAGUGUGGGCGUUCCGGGGAGAGCGCGAGCCGCGCCGCGCGGAGCAAACAGCGCCGAGCCGCCGCCGCCUCACCAGCAGCAGCAGCAGCAGCGACCGUGCACGCCCGGGCUACGAUCGCAGCAGCGCUAACGUGAGCGCCCACCGCCGCCCUCGCCACCCUCCUGCCCACUCCCGCUGCCGCCGCGCUCUCGCUUUCCCCCCGGCCUCCCCUCGACCCUUCCCCUCCCCCUUCACGCCACACUCGGGGAGCUGGGAACGAGCUGCCAUGUGAUGCGCGUCCUCUCCUCGAGCUUUCGGUGACCCCCGAACCGCCCACCGCGCCGGCCGCCGGGAGGGGGCUGCGGGCUGAGAAGACGCAGAGAAGAGGAGGCGGAAAAGGACGCAAAGUUCUCUGUACAGCUGCCUGCUUCAGCGACUGAGGUCUGCAGGAACAAGAGAUUCUUCAAGAACAGCCUCGCAUUGUGACAUGUCUGAUCCCUCGCUUCAGUCCCUGCAGCAUGAACAAGGUGGACACUCGCUGACCUGUCACAAGGUUGCCCCACAAAGCUUUGGGGUCCAUGUCUGAAUGGAUUGCUGUAGCCUUCUCAUCUCUCCCUUUGUCCAGUUCCCUGCAUCCUAAGACUCGAAGCCAGCACAGGACCUGGAAAAAUUACAUGGUGUGAACGGCAUGUCUGUGGAUGAGAAGCCUGACUCCCCCAUGUAUGUGUAUGAGUCCACAGUCCACUGCACCAACAUCCUCCUGGGCCUCAAUGACCAGCGGAAAAAGGAUAUUCUUUGUGACGUGACUCUGAUCGUGGAGAGGAAGGAGUUCCGGGCCCACCGGGCUGUGCUAGCUGCGUGCAGUGAAUACUUCUGGCAGGCCCUGGUCGGACAGACGAAAAAUGACUUGGUGGUCAGCUUGCCUGAGGAGGUCACGGCCAGGGGCUUUGGGCCGCUGUUGCAGUUUGCUUACACCGCCAAGCUGUUACUCAGCAGAGAAAACAUCCGCGAGGUCAUCCGCUGUGCCGAGUUCCUGCGCAUGCACAACCUGGAGGACUCCUGCUUCAGCUUCCUGCAGACCCAGCUCCUGAACAGCGAGGACGGCCUGUUCGUGUGCCGCAAGGACUCGGCGUGCCCGCGCCCCCACGAGGACCAUGAGAACUCCGCGGGAGAGGAGGAGGAGGAAGAGGAGGAGACGAUGGACUCAGAGACGGCCAAGAUGGCCUGCCCCAGGGACCAGACGCUUCCACACCCCAUCAGCUUCGAGGCCACUGCCAUCCCGGUAGCACAGAAGGAGGAAGCUUUGCUGCCCGAGUCCGAUGGACCGACGGACACCAAGGAGAGCUCCGAAAAGGACGCGUUGACGCAGUACCCCCGAUACAAGAAAUACCAGCUUGCAUGUACCAAGAAUGUCUACAAUGCAGCAUCCCACAGUACCUCAGGUUUUGCAAGCACAUUCACUGAAGAGAACUCCGGCAUCAGCCUCAAGCCGGAGCUUGCCAUGGGGCAGAUUAAAAGUGAGCCGCCCAGCGAAGAGAACGAGGAAGAGAGCAUCACGCUCUGCCUGUCCGGAGACGAGCCUGACGUCAAGGAACGAGCGGGGGACGUCGAAAUGGACCCGAAGCAACCCAGCCCCGCCCCCGCCCCCGCCCCCGCCCCCCCUCCCGGGGUCGCCUUCCUGGAGAGAUCCAGGAGCGUGUCCUCUCCCUCCUGCCUAAGGUCUCUAUUCAGCAUAACAAAAAGUGCGGAGUUGUCUGGCCUGCCCAGUACAUCUCAGCAGCACUUUGCCAGGAGUUCCGCAUGCCCUUUCGACAAGGGCAUCACUCAGGGUGACCUUAAAACAGACUACGCCCCCUUCGCGGGGAAUUAUGGACAGGCCCAUGUGGGCCAGAAGGAUGCGUCCAACUUCACGAUGGGGUCGCCCCUCAAGGGCCCCGGGGUGGAGGCUCUCUGUAAACAAGAAGGAGAGCUGGACCGGAGAAGUGUGAUCUUCUCCUCGAGCGCUUGUGACCAAGUGAGCACUUCGGUGCAUUCGUAUUCUGGGGUAAGCAGUUUGGACAAAGACCUCUCUGAGCCGGUGCCAAAGGGUCUGUGGGUGGGGGCUGUCCAGUCCCUCCCCAGCUCACAGGCCUACUCCCACGGUGGGCUGAUGGCUGACCACUUGCCAGGAAGGAUGCGGUCCAAUACUAGCUGCCCGGUGCCAAUCAAGGUCUGCCCUCGAUCGCCCCCCUUGGAGACCAGGACCAGGACUUCCAGCUCGUGCUCCUCCUAUUCCUACGCAGAGGACGGGAGCGGGGGCUCGCCCUGCAGCCUCCCUCUCUGUGAGUUCUCCUCCUCACCCUGUUCCCAGGGAGCCAGAUUCCUUGCCACAGAACAUCAGGAACCAGGCCUGAUGGGAGAUGGAAUGUACAACCAAGUCCGACCCCAAAUUAAAUGUGAGCAGUCUUACGGAACCAACUCCAGUGACGAAUCCGGAUCGUUCUCGGAAGCAGACAGUGAGUCGUGUCCUGUGCAGGACAGGGGCCAGGAGGUCAAACUUCCCUUUCCUGUAGAUCAAAUCACAGAUCUUCCGAGGAACGAUUUCCAGAUGAUGAUUAAGAUGCACAAACUAACCUCAGAACAGUUAGAGUUUAUUCACGAUGUUCGGCGGCGCAGCAAGAACCGCAUCGCAGCCCAGCGCUGCCGCAAGAGGAAACUGGACUGUAUUCAGAAUUUAGAAUGUGAAAUCCGCAAACUGGUGUGUGAGAAAGAGAAGCUAUUGUCAGAGAGGAAUCAGCUGAAAGCGUGCAUGGGGGAACUGCUGGACAACUUCUCCUGCCUCUCCCAGGAAGUCUGCCGAGACAUCCAGAGCCCCGAGCAGAUCCAGGCCCUGCAUCGGUACUGUCCUGUCCUCAGACCCAUGGGUCUCCCUGCAGCCUCCAGUAUCAGCCCUGCGCCCUUAGGCAUCGAGCAGAACCUUGCCGCCCCCCAGUGUGCGGUGGGGGAAACUGUGUCCUGCUGUUUGGAGCAGGGCUCAGCCCCCCCUGGCCCCCCCUGGGCCCCCAGCAAUGCCUCAGAAAAUUGUACUUCUGCCCGGAGGCUGGAAGGCACUGACCCAGGAACCUUCUCAGAGAGAGGACCUCCUCUUGAACCCAGGACCCAAACGGUGACCGUGGACUUCUGCCAGGAAAUGACCGAUAAAUGUACAACUGACGAACAGCCCAGGAAAGAUUACACCUAGUGGCUUGGCCUGCCUCCCCGUUCUCACACCUCUCCCACCCAGGGGGCGCUGUUCAUCUGUUGUCUGGAAGAGCCAAGAAGGAAUUUGGUGCACACUACAGAGGUCUUAGCAGCAAUACUGUUUCUAAGUAUUCCCUCCUCUCUUCACGCAGGAGUGAUAUAUAGUUACCUUCACAAUGGUGCUACCCCUUGCCCCGGCAAGGAAAGACAACAGUGAUGACACUGUCUGUCUGUGGGUUAAUUUCGAUCUUAACAGGGAUGGACUACAACACCUCUAGGACCCAACCACAGAUUUUUUUCAGUGGCCCGUGUCACAAACCCUAUCUCAGGAAUUUCUUCUGAAUGUUCAAUUUUUUUCAUUGA